UCUUUGUCCUACAGUGAGGAGGUGUCGGGCUAAUUGUUUUAGCGUUGCCGGAGCUUCGUUGGUUUGAAAGUCUCUGUAACGAAAGCUGUCUCAAGCAUUGAGUGAAGGAUUCGACAUCAAGUUCCUUCCUCAGUACUUUCAACGUUUCCCAAACCCAAGGCGUGGUAUGAGCUGUAAAACAUUUUUCUGUACUAGCCCAAGUGUAUCCUUGUACUUCUGUGCUGUGGUCCACCAUGUUGCCGCAACGAAAGUGGCCACAGCCCGGCAACACGUUUUAUAGAGUGCCAAGCGAAGUUUCAAGGGGAGUUUAUGUUCCCUCAAGAGAGGUUGUAAGAGUCGAACUAUUUGUUGUAAUUUUGAUCAAAUUCGCCUGACAUGUAAAUGUUUGCGCAUCCGUAAAAUGUGACUCCUAAGUCACUUGCCUUAGGCGCCCAUGUCAGCUUUGUGUGUCAAGUGUAAUUUGUUUUGGUGGUGUAAAACGUUUAGUGUAUUUCUGCUUGCGGCGGGUUAAAAUCAUUUUCUGUACUUUGGAUUUUAUAACUUGACGAAUGAGUUCCUGUCUUCACGAUGGACGUGAAAUGUUCAUGUCUUUGUAGGACGUGCCAAUAGAUGUCGAAUUAUCGCCAUCACUGCUCGAUACUGUCGCUAUUCAUCCAUGGUCCCACUUCCCAAGGAGGUUAUAAUAUACGUCCCUAGAAUGUUAUAUUAUAUCUUGUAGGGAAGCCUUGUGAAAAUAAGACUUUCCAAUCUUGAGCAUGCAUCAGAGACAAGAGUUUUGUCUGAUUUAAAGAAAGUUCACGAGAUGGACGGAGAAUGGAUCACUGUCAUUAAAUGGAGAUCUUAUAAUUUUUGGUAUUCGAGCCCCCGAUUGUAUGAGAACGUAACUUUUCUUUAAGCUUGUGCCACUCUGUUUAAAUUGAAGUAUCGAAUUGGAAGGAGAUGGGAUACCAUUAUCUAAUCGAAAGCUUCGUUUCUUGUGAGUUUUUAUAUUGAAGUUUCCGAUUGGAUAACUGAUUCGCCGUCUUCUCCAAGCUUGUGACGUUAAAGAGACACUACAUUUGAAUAGGGGUGUACGCAUCGACUCACGCAACACACGCACACUGUAGACUGGUGUGGCGAGUGGUAGAGAAGUGUGUCUUUACCAGAACUUCUAUUUGUUUCCAUUUUAAUAGCUCAGGCUCAGUGCUGCAGAAGUUCGGCUGUCGAAUUGUGUGGGGGCGUAUUUUGCUAGUGGACGUACGUAUGAAGAAUUGGUAGAGAAAAAAGGAAGCGAAAGCAGCAUUUGUGAAACUUAUCGAGCGGACCAUUGUGUUCGAGUUGGAGAAUAACAAGAGUUAACAGAGAAUGAUUUGUCAGUCAAUGUAGAUAAAGUAUGAGUUUGAACAUCAAAAUUCCAUGAGCUUUUGAAGUUCAAGAUUGAUUCUGAAAAAUUACACAAUGAAGUUCUUGUCAGCGAGAGUUCAGAUUCCAUGUUUCGUUUUUUUUGUACUAUUUCUUUGGGGUGUGAAUCUAGUUUUAUCAGAUAGAUUGACAGGGAGUUCUCAACCAGGACCUAUUGACUAUGCUCUGAAAGACUGUCCUACUGGCGUGGAGUGUUCAAAAUUGGGAGGUGCCUGCCUAAAUUGUUCAUUCAACAAAACUUGUGUUUAUGGAUCCAAAAUAAAUGUCACAUGUAGGCCUAAACAACAUGUAAAUUGCACAACUGAUGGUGUGUACUCUGAAAAGGCUCUUCAAAAUUCAUUUGAACGAGAGCUGAUCUGCCGUUACUGUUACCAGACUGAACAUUGGGAGCAUACAUGUGUUUAUAAAGCCAAUUGUAACUCUGUUGCUUCACCACGUGUGUUUUAUAAGCAAGACAAGGAAAGCCUCCGAAAAACCAACUGCUCUGUGAAGAGUGAGAUCCUGUGUUUAGGCAACAGAACUUUUGAAAAGAAGCUGCCAUGUAACUGGACUGGUGGUUAUCGUUGGACUACAGCACUUGCACUAAGCAUUACACUUGGUGGUUUUGGAGCUGACAGGUUUUAUCUGGGUCAUUGGCAAGAAGGAAUCGGAAAGCUUUUUAGCUUUGGUGGCCUGGGAGUUUGGACACUCAUUGAUGUGAUACUCAUUGCGUUACAUUAUCUUGGACCAGCUGAUGGAUCUCUCUACAUUUAGUAUUAUCUUACAUUAAGUUAAUUGUUUGUAUUGUAAUUUAUUUGAUGUUGAACAUAUUCAACACUUGUUAUUGAUUACAUAGUAAUUAUUAAAAUAUUACUUUUUCUACAAUGUUUUUCAUUCAUAUUGAUUUAUUACCCAAUCA